UACCAGACCCACACACGUGUGAUAGCUUGGAAGACAGUUCAGACAUGAUGCGCUGUGUAGCUGUGUUCCUCGUACUGUUUCUGUCUGGGGGAUUGUGUGAAACUAAUUUGUUGCACAAUGCGGAUUUUGAGAGCUCAUCCUUUUCCCACAAUUGGAAAUGUCACCACUGUCAACUAACGUCAUCGUCGGACAGUCACACAGGUCAACACAGCGUCAUGAUAUCACACAGGACUAAGUCCAGUGGGCCGUCCCAGCAAGUGCCCGUGACCCCGGGAACACGCUACUUCUUCCAGGCCCACGUUAAGCUGCUGACCACCCAGCCAGGGUAUCUGUACCACGGGAUGGAUGUAAAGGUCUCACGCACCGACGCACAAGGACACCAUACAAAUGACAUCUUGAGUAGGUCACCGUAUGUUCAGCUGGGCACGGGGUGGCACGCCAUUGGAGGGGACUACCUGGUACCCACAGACACCAAGAGCGCGGAGAUAUUCAUUGACGUGGAACCACCUCAGGUGGACUAUCUGAUGGACACGGCCAUCUUGAUGGAAGUUCCGCAACUCACUAACUUCAGGGCGGAAGCAGACGACAGGAUUGAGAAGAUCAGGAAAGCCAACGUCACGGUCAGGUUGGACAAAAACGGUCAAUCUGCUGAUCAGCUUGAAGUGGAGCUUGUGCAGACAUACAGUGAGUUUAUAACCGGAUCCGCUGUUGACUCAAAACUGUUCCUGGACCCGACUCUGACGGCCUACCGUGACUACCUCUACGACAACUUCGAGUGGGUGGUACCUGACGGCUUCCAGUGGCACCAGUCAGAGAGCAGGGAGGGCCACCCGGAUUACAGCAAGGUCAACAAGACAGUGGAUAUACUCCUAGCACAUGGAAAGAAGAUUGAAGGACACAAUCUGUUCUGGGACAACCCCCAACACAUCCCCAAUUGGCUGAAACACAAGCCUGCUGCGGACAUCCGGGCUACAAUGGAGAGGAGGACCAAGGAAGUAAUUGGUGGAUUCAAGGGGAGAGUCUUGCACUGGGACAUCAACAACGAGAACCAACACAACGACUUCUACGAGCAACAUCUGCAGGAUCCUAACAUCACCAUGUGGAUGUUCCAAAAAGCUCACGCCGCCGACCCCAACACAAAACUUUUCCUCAACGACUUCGGCAUCGUCAGCAAAAACCACCACUACACUCUGUCGUACGUCGACCAGGCCAGGACGUUCCUUGCCGCUGGAGUGCCCGUGUAUGGUGUUGGGAUACAGAGUCACUUUGAGGAGGACAUGGACUUGGCAGCAGUCAGUUUCCGGCUGGACCAAGUGGCCAAGGUCGGUCUUCCUAUCAUGAUCGCCGCUCUGAACGUGAACCAGCCGGAUGUGACGAAGAAGGCCCGGAUGUACGAGUCCCUGUACCGUCUGUACUUCAGCCACCCCGCCGUGGAGGGGAUCACGCAGUGGCACUUUUGGGACAGGGGCAUCAAGAAGCCGAACGCUAGCCUCACCUCGGGGCCAAACGUCACGCCGAACGCUGCCGGCAAGAUUGUUCGCCAGUUAGUUUGGGGAGACUGGAGAACCAAUCAGACACUCCCGAUAUCACGUGACCACGACGUUAACAUACGGGCAUUCAAGGGAGAGUACAAACUGAGAGUGAAGCAUCAUGGGAAGGUUAUCCGCGAGGAGGACUUCACCCUGGGGCAGGCGGGUGUGGAUCUGACGGUGUCUCUCAGCGGAUCAGGCACUCAGCCCAUAGUGGACCAUAUCCUGGUGGGAUGAUACAGCGCCUUACCACCCACAGCUGUGUCAUGUGUCCACGCCGCUCUACUACAGGAAUAAAUACAGUUAUGUUGCAAUGUGA